UCAGUAACUAGAUUACUGUUGAAAUGUAGCAAAAACUUUAGACUAUAGUGUGACCGUGUUAGAUCAAGUCAACGUAAAUAUUAUUUCUUCUUGAUCCUGGAUUUAUUGGACACUCAAAAUGGUACAUUUACAGCUUGCUUGUUUAAUGUUAAUGUUACCCUUUGUCACCGGAGAAAUCUGUAAGCCGAGAAAUUAUGGGUUUGGAAGCGUUGUGUGUGUAUGCAAUGUUACAUUUUGUGACCAGCUGGGUAAAAUAGUCUUGCCUACUCCUGGAAUGGUCAGAGUAUAUGAAAGCAAUAAACAUGGAAUGAGAUUCUAUGCCAAAGAUUUAAAUUUUUCUUCUUAUUUUAUUGGAAAUGAAAGUGUUGAAAUUACAAUUGAUAGAACUAAAAGAUAUCAAGAGAUUUUAGGAUUUGGUGGUGCUUUCACAGAUGCAUCUGGCAUUAAUAUUCUCAGUUUACCAGCCAAAUUACAAGAUCAAUUAUUACGUGGUUACUACUCUUCAGAUGGUUUGGACUACACUAUUGGAAGAGUUCCUAUGGCCAGUUGCGACUUUUCCACCCGUGUCUAUUCGUACGAUGAUGUUCCUGGAGAUUUCAACUUAACACAUUUCAAUUUAACUAAAGAAGAUUUAGAAUUAAAGAUUCCUCUUAUUCUUCGAGCCGAAGAACUGCAAUCGAAAUCAAUAAAACUCUUUGCCAGUCCUUGGAGUGCACCUGGAUGGAUGAAAAAUUCAGGGAAAAUGGCUGGUCCUGGUGUUCUUAAAGGAAAACCUGGAGGAGAGUAUUAUCAGACGUGGGCAGACUAUUUUGUAAGAUUUCUUCAAGCUUAUGAAGAGCUCAAUGUGACAUUUUGGGGUGUGACGGCCGAAAAUGAACCAAUGGAAGGAUUCAUACCUAACUAUUCAUUCCAGGCAAUGGGAUUUACAGCACAAACUCAACGAGAUUUUAUUCGUUAUAAUUUGGGCCCGACUCUAAAACGUAACGGUUACGGAAUCGAUAAAUUGAAAUUAAUGAUAAUGGAUGAUCAGAGAGAUCUAUUACCAACAUGGGCUGAAGUGGUGUUAAAUGAAACUGUAACUUCUCAGUUUGUAGCAGGAAUUGCUUUUCACUGGUACCACAAUGUUGUUGCUCCUCCAGAAUUAUUAGACAUUACUCACAAAAAAUUCCCAAAUAAAUUUAUGCUUUCAACAGAAGCUUGUAUAGAGUCUCCACACUGGGAUAAACAAAAAGUUAAAUUAGGAAGCUGGGAAAGAGGAGAAUCUUAUGCUUAUGACAUAAUCCAAGAUUUAAACCACUGGACUUCUGGAUGGGUUGAUUGGAAUCUGGCACUUAAUCCAGAAGGUGGUCCUAACUGGGUUAAAAAUUUUGUUGAUUCUCCUAUAAUUGUAAAUGUCACGGCUAAAGAAUUUUACAGACAACCAACGUAUUACGCAUUGGCCCAUUUCAGUAAACUACUUCCUCCGGGAUCCAUAAGAAUUGGUUCAAAUCUGAAAGGUUUGAAUAUAGACAAAUUUAAUAUCGUUGCAUUCCAAAGGCCUGACAACGGAACUGUUUUAGUAAUAAUUAACAGGAAUGACUUUGCAAUAGAUUUUAUUUUGAAGGAUUUCAUAUUUAAUUUGAAGUAUACUGCUUCUCCUCAUUCAUUUCAAAGUUUCAUAUGGAAGCCAGUCUAUUAAAUUAAUAUACUUUUGAGUGCAAAAAGUUUACAGAUAAUUCCACACUGACUAGAAACAAUGCAGAUCGGAAGACUGCUCUACAUUAAUUUGUUGAAGAUCGUUCUUACAAGGCAAGAUAAAUUUAUUAUUUGUAUUCAUGGUCCCAUUCUAAACAAAUGUAUUUACAUAUUGUCAAGUAAAAAACA